CCCCCCACUUCCUUCCCUCCGAGAGAACUGUAUCGUUUGUGUGUAGGAUACAAGAUGGACAAAAAGAAAAGGGGUCCUAACUGGACGGCAGAGGAAAAGUCUAUCCUGUUAAAGGAAUAUUCAAAGCGCCGAGCAAUUCUUGAGAGUCGAGUUAACUCAGAUCUGUCGAAAUUUGCAAAACUGAAGCACUGGGAAGAAAUCGCAGAAUGCAUUAAUGCCUUCAACCCUUUGAUCAGGAGAAGCAUUUAUGACAUUAAAAAGAAAUUGCUCAAUAUUGCGUAUACAGCAAGAAAUAAUCCGCGACUUAGGCACACACUUAGAAAAAGAGUUCCAGUUCCCCCACAGUUUGCAGAAGUUCCCUUUUUGUCUUCGCCUACUGCCUGCCCUCAGGAGACUGCCUCGACACCAGCCACCAUGCAGUUCAACCUCCCUCCAGUACCUGAAGACCAACAGACCAAAUCCCCCCAGCCUGAUCCCCCAGCGUCUCCUAUCCCAGAGUCCUCCAGGACCCACGACGAACCUCGGGAGCUGGAUGGCCAGGGCGGAGAGCUUCAGCGCCUGCACGCCGCCAUUACUGACUGUGGAGACCGGAUCGUGGCCGCCCUGGAGCCCAUAGCAGACUCUUUUCAACAGCUCACCCAUCAAGUGGGCCUUCUGGUAGAGGUGCUGGCCAAACAGGCCCAGGUGCGCACCCCCUGCAGACACGUGUGCCCUACCUGCAGGUGCCUGCCGGAGCAGUCGUGCAACAGCGAAGGGACAGAACAGCACCUGAAGUCAGAAGUUGAGCAGUUCACCUGGGAAGCAUGAAUAGUUGUACUUUUACCUGCAGAUCUUAAUGUCGACGUCCAUGCUGUGGCCUACCCUUGGAAGCUUUGCUGUCCUGUGCACAGACCAAGAGUUACAGUAACAAGUAGUUAUGUUUUCAAGCCUUUGUUUUACUUCCUCUGCUAAGCAGCCUGACCUGAAGGGGAGCCAAAGAGUGCAACAGAUCUCCAUUAACUAUAAAAGACACCCUCUAUUUUCUCAAAGUCAUUUGUGAAUUAAAAAAUAUAUAUAUAAUGAUGUGUGCUUACUAUAUCGCUACCAAAGGAAUUGCGUGUAUAUGCAUAUAGGUUUAGACUAAAUGAAAAAAAAAGAUGUAAUGUCAGUUGUUGGUAACAGUCCUGCCACACUGUUCCAUCUUGCAUUUAAAGUUAAUAUAAUACCAAGUUGACAAGUGUACACAUUUGAUAUUUACUAAAUAUAAAAACAGAUAAUUUGAUCAAAUAAAAAAAAUCUGCAUUACAAUCAUUGUGCAGUAUAGGAGUAUAUCAUUAGUAUCCAUUCAGACAUUAAUAUCUUUAGCAAGAAGUAAAAAAGGAAGCUCAUCUUAAACUGCAACUGACAUUAAGUUUUUUUCACCAGAUUGUCUCCAUAAUAGUAUUGCAAUUUUAUAUAAUGUUAAACUGGCUUUUCAUGUCAUUUGCCAUUCAUUACUUGUGUCAGGGGCUUGCCAGAACCAAUGCAUGUUUUACACCAUUGCCCCUGAUUGGGAGAAAGGCCUGAAAUUAGCUGACCUGGACUGUAGAACUAUGUAAAUUAACUAUGAAUAAUAUGGUGUUUAACUAUCAUGUUUGUUAACUGCAUUUUGACUAUUUUGUAGCAUCAUGAAAAUGUUGUGUUCCCUGAUGUACUGUAAAGUUUAAUCUCGUAAGCCUUUAUUUUAGACAUUUAAUUGUACAAGAAAAUGUACAAAAGCAGUGUUAUAUUUUCAAAGCUUUUUGUGCUACCUUGUUUUCUGGCGGGUUUCCAUCUUUGCAUAGACCAGUCAAAUGACACAGUAAUGCUAUGCUUUGUCAAUAAAUGCUUGACACAAA